AUGGAGUAUGGAGUGGGUGAAAAAGUGUUUUUAAGAGUGUCACCAUGGAAGGGCGUUAUACGGUUUGGCAGGCAAGGAAAAUUAAGUCCGAGGUACAUUGGCCCUUAUGAGAUAUUGGAAAGAGUUGGUCGUUUAGCUUAUCAAUUCCAUGUUUCCAGGUUAAGAAGAUAUAGAUCUGACCCUAGCCAUACAGUACAAGAGUUAGAAAUACAAUUAACUGAAGAUUUAAGUUAUAAAGAAGAACCUGUUGGAAUUCUUGAUAGGCAGAUAAAGAAGUUACGUAACAAAGAAAUUCCAAUAAUAAAGGUUAAGUGGAGUUGA